CUGCUCCUCCACUCAAUCUGUCUCAUAUUAAAAUGAUUCUCUCCUUGCAGUGACGGUGGAGGUGAUGGAGAACAGCUCCACAGAGUUCCAGGGUUUCCUGUUACAGGCCAGAAGCAGGAAGGGACUCGCUCUGCUCUGGCCUGUGGGGAAGUUCACUAACAUCAGCACCACCCUGUUUACUGCAUUGCACUGUAACAACAUGGAGAACUCAACUGUCAGUCAGGCAUCAGGAGUCAAGAAGAAGAAAGUGCAGCUGACGUGGGAGGCGCCUAGCAACAGUAGCUAUGGAGACAUCUACUUCAGUGCCACUCUGGUCCAGGACUACACGACAUUCUGGGUCCAGCUGAACACCAGCACUCUGAGACUGGACAGCAACUCUGCAGCUGGAUCUAGGUCUUUUCCUCCUCAGCUCUGCUCUUCAUCAAUCUGCUGAGUCUGUCUGCCUACUGCUGAGACUGAGACACACACACAGACACACACACACACACCAGUGAUUGUAUAAUAUGAAUAGAAGUGAUUGUUAUGAAUGUGCAAUGUGUGAUUCCUGGCCAGCUGCUCUAAAGAAUUAGGGAUCAAAUCUAAAUUCAGUCAUCAGUUCAAAAGUGGACAUAAAGCUGCUGUUAUAAUCUUCAUAAUAAUAUAAUAAUCUGUGCCGCGCCACUGACCAGUGCUGGAAGUCACCGCGGGCUGGUGAAGCGCUGGGUCUCACCUGUGUAUCGGCAGCAACAGAACAUGUGCUGAUCCGGUUGGGAGUCUGGGCGGUCUCCAUUAAAAAUACGUCUCCUGCAGCUGCAUCGUGCUCUACUCCCGGCAACGGAGAGGACGAGGCGAUGGUGUGAGGUGUGUUUAUCUAAUGCACCAUGUUUGUUUCUUGGAUUAAAUCCUACCUCUCAUGUUGGACCGAGGACAGACUGGGUGCUACAGUGACUCACUAUCGCCUCUACAGGUACUCGUGAUUUAUUUUCUGGCCAGAUGUUACACAUUGCGUCUUCAAACAUUGGACAAGGAGAGGCACCAGACAAACAGAUGACAGCUCCUCCUACAGUCCGAUCACAUGACACUAAGUCAGAAUAAAGCUGGAGUUGCCUUGAAGCAUCAGGUUCUGUACUAAUAUUAUUAAGUGUGACCAACAUCACUAUGAUUGUCUUGUGAUAUAGCUCAAAAUAAAUCCACGGGCCAAAUUAAUCAAACUUUCAUGAAACAAAUAAAGUAUUUUCUUAGAAAUGAAAUAUGUGCGAUUGUUAAAUACAGUUCAGUUGGCGUCAUCUUGUUGUGCGUUGCCUCUGUUCAUGGCUAACAGAGGAGCUACUGUAGUUACUCUCCAUAGUCAUGUUGGUGUGGUCACUCUGCAGACUUUAAACAUCUUGAACCAGUUCAAUAAUCCCACUGCUUUGUGUUCAGUGUGCAGUAUGUUGGGUUUAAAGCUCAGUUUUAGAAGCUGUAGUUUUGUGUUAGUCUGAACUUAUUAUGGCCCUUUAACAUGUAGUCAGUCGUGGUGAUAGCUUUGUAUCGAUCCACAAUUACCUUUUGACUCGUGUCCAUAAUGUGAUUUUGUAUCAAUUGUAAUUAAAGUUGUCUCCAUAUCUCACCAGUGAAGAUGCUCAUUGUUGAUAUGAACAUUAACGUGUUACUUGUAGAUAUGUGUGACUGC